AUGACCAACGACACAUGCAGGCUGUCCUGCAGGAAGCAAGCACUCGGCGGAUUCGGCUGCAGGUUUGAAGAAUCAGACCGAGGAGCAUUUGGCCCUGACAGUGCUGAACCACUGGGAGGAGAUCCCGAGAGUGGGCUGCAAACUCGCCCUGAGCACGUAGAGACCAGACCCCUGCUGAACCCGACCAGGCCCGGCAUCGAACAGCACAUCGCGUUUGUCGAUGAAGAAGUGAGCAAAGUUAUUAAAGAGUCAGUGGAAGCAGCCAUAGGAGGAAAUACCUACCAGCACAGCAGAGUGAACCAGUGGACCACCGGUGUGGUGGAGCAUUGCCUCAGUCAACUCAAGAGGCUGGGAAAGCCUUUCAAGUACAUUGUGACCUGUAUUAUCAUGCAGAAAAAUGGAGCGGGACUGCAAACAGCCAGCGCCUGCUUCUGGAACAACUCUACUGAUGGAAGCUGUGCAGUGAGAUGGGAGAACAAGUCCAUGUACUGUAUCGUCAGUAUCUUUGGUCUGUCCACCUGAACUGACUAAGUUACAACAACUAUUUAAAGUGUGUAGGAUUUGAUGUAUUUCUGAAAACCUGAAUCUGUUCUGUGGUUUUUAUGCCAAAUGAGAUCGAUUAAAACUGGGAAACUAUGCAAA